UUUCCUCUCUGCGGCGUCAUGAAUCAACCUUUGGUCACCCUCCACAUCCUCCUCCUAAAGUCUGACAUCCCUGCAGGCCGGUCUGAUUUACCUGGGAACACGGCCACAUGUUUGACUUUAGGCUUUAGGACAGCAGUGAGAUAAACUCCUCCACGGUCUCGCUGUGAAAGCCUGGCAUGGUCGUGGAUGAUGCAGCUCAGCGAGUCACCCAUUAUUUAACACACAGACAUCAAAGAUGCUUUAAUGCUCCAAGAUAAAUCCGACUCUGUCCUGAGAGGUUGAGAGGGCAGUCGCCUCCUCCAGCUCUUCUGGAUGGAUGCCAAGUCGUUCCUUGAGAAAAUCUAGUCUCUCCGGUAGCUGAGCGAGGGGAACCUCUUAUUUGACCAACAUGGCUCCACACCCGGUGGUCCAGGCCAUCAUUGACCUCUCCGCAGGAGCCAUCGGCGGCGCUGCGUGCGUCUUCAGCGGACAACCUCUGGAUACGGCCAAGGUCAAGAUGCAGACCUUCCCCACGAUGUACCGGGGUUUCAUCCACUGCGUGGCGUCCACCUACAAGCAGGUGGGCCUGCGCGGCCUCUACCGCGGCACCAGCCCGGCCCUGGUGGCCAACAUCGCCGAGAACUCGGUGCUCUUCAUGAGCUACGGCUUCUGCCAGCAGGUCAUCCGCUUCACGGCCGGGCUGCACGAAGAAGCCGUGCUGAGUGAUGUGCAGAAAGCCUGCGCCGGCUCGGUGGCCUCCAUCUUCUCCUCCAUGGUGCUCUGCCCCACUGAGCUCGUCAAGUGUCGGCUGCAGGCCAUGUACGAGAUGGAGGCGUCCGGAAAGAUCAGCAAGAGCCAGAACACCGUGUGGUCCGUGGUGAAGUCCAUCAUGAGGAACGACGGCGUGCCGGGCUUCUUCCAGGGCCUGACCACCACCAUCGCCCGGGAGGUGCCCGGCUACUUCUGCUUCUUCGGUGCUUACGAGCUCUGCCGCACCGCUUUUGCAGACUACAUGAAGUGCGGCAAGGACGACAUCGGUGUGGCCCCGAUCGUGUUCAGCGGGGGCUUCGGGGGAGCGUGUCUGUGGCUCGUGGUCUACCCCAUGGACUGCGUCAAGUCCCGCAUCCAGGUCAUGUCUAUGACGGGCAAGCAGGCGGGGUUUUUCAAGACCUUCAUGACCAUCGCUCGCGCCGAAGGUGUGAGGGCGCUGUACUCCGGCCUCACCCCCACCAUGAUCCGCACCUUCCCGGCCAACGGGGCCCUCUUCCUCGGCUACGAGGUCAGCAGGAAGCUCAUGAUGAAGCAGUUCGACGGCUGACCGCGUGAACACAGAUGUGGGAGCAGUGGACGGGAAGUGAUUCCAGGAAUCGGGAAGUGAUUCCAGGAAUCGGGAAGUGAUUCCUGCCCACGUCUGGAUUCCCUCUUUACCAUUACUUGAAACUGCCACACUAUCUUUUAAGACUACAGCACAAAAAAAACAAAAAACACAUUUUGAUAUAGUGUUAACAUUUAUCUUAAUCUAACAGCAAGUAUCUUUUUUAGAUAUGAACCUUGAUUGUUUUUAACACUCCAGAAAUUCUUUACCAGGAGAUGUAUGACAAUUCUUCAUACCGGUACAUAUACACAUAUAUCAUAUAUGUGUAUGUGUGUGUGUGUGUGUAUAUAUAUAUAUAUAUAUAUAUAUAUAUAUAUAUAUAUAUAUACACACACACCAUAUAUGAUUUCCUUGUUUUUGACGUUCUCAUGUCUGUUUUUCAAAUAUGAAAUCAUUUGCAGCUACAUAUCAACCUGAAUUAAAUCUUCCAUUUUUAUCUUUAUCUUUGUUAGAUAGAGAAAUAUUUUUAGCUCAAACCUUUUUAUUUGGUUUCAAAUUGAGCAGCUAUCGUGUUUAAAGCCAUUUCACUGAGGUCUUAAAGGUUUCUAAACGACAUCAAACCAGCAGGUAGCAGUGCCACCUCUGGCCACAAGGGGGCAGCAUAACCCAGCAGAGACACAGUGAAGUGCGCUUCUAGUGGAACAAAGCAGUAUUGCAGUACGUACCAGUCUGCCCCCACUGCUCAUUAGAACAGGGGUGUCGGACUCCAGUCCUCGAGGGCCGCAUUCCUGCAUGUUUCAGAUGUUUCCCUGCUUCAGCACACCGUGAUAAAAGUAGCUGUGACACCAACAGAGCUGUCCAGACCUUGAUGACAAGCUGGUGACGACCAUUCAUUUGAAUCAGGUGUGUUGAUGCAAGGAGACAUCUAAAACAUGCAGGAGUCCGACACCCCUGCAUUAGAACAAUAUUUUUCGUAACCCUUUUGUAAAGACAGCAGGUCAGGAGUGGUUUUAGAUUUGAGCCUAAUCUUGAGUUAAACUGAGCUGUUUUUGUUUUGCUGUGUUGAAUUUAACUUCCGUUGUUGUACCUCACUCCUCUGAAAUCUAGUUUUACACAUUUUGAAUUAGUCAAAUGUUCUUCUUUUCUGUAGAAGUGUUUGUUUACGUGAAGAAAUCAAAGAGAAAUGAUCAGCUGCCUUGUCCUGUGCCAUUCACACCGUGCACUCCAUGUGUGCAUUUCCUCUCUUUUUCAGUGCGGUUCAGUUUGACUUGUUCCUUUUCUCAUUUUUAUUUAUAGAAGUAGGUGUUUUGUUCAAAAAAGUGCUUUUAAAAUGAAAUGACUGGAAGUUGAUGACAUGAUUCAAGCUGCAUUAAAAAUGUUGUUGAUGA